CAAAGUACAAAUGCAUAGUAAUAAUAGUAAUCUAGGCUUAUGUGAUAAUAAUAUAGGCCACAGUUGCACGGAUUUCAGUUAAAAUUGAGUUUGUAGUUAACGUUUGAAACAGGCACGGCGACGAUGGGUUCAAAAUUUCAAAAAUGACCAAUGCAGAAUUCAAGCGGGAUGACGAGCCCUCCGAAGAACAAAUUUGGUUUCGCGGAUUAGUUGACUGGACUCUAAAACGCCAAAUCCUUGAAUUCCACUAACGGUGUAUAACAACAUUCUUGACAUUUCAUUAAGUAAAAUACUUACAGAUGAAUCAGCGGAAACCUUGCUGUCGAUUAAAAACGGUGGCUACCCAUUGGCCAAUGAAAUUAAAAAGGAAGCUUUCGACGAUGACCUGAUGGAUCUCGAAGACCAGUCACAUUGGAAUAAUUCUAUGGAUGAUUCAAAUAUGGAUCCUGAAGAUUCUGAACCUAUGCCUGAGUUGGGGCCUGCGGCUUUGGGGCUGCAAAGGGUUGGAACGCAGCCGCCACCAAAACCCAAUCCCCCAACCCAACCAAUUCAAGUAUUGAAUCGCCGAGGAAUGCCUGCGAGGAUCAGAAAAAAGAAUAAAUUGUUCUACGAUGACAUUCUCGUCAACCAUCCACAUCAUAGAAUUAAAAAGGAUCCCAAUUUGGAAAUGAAACAUUCUCCCAAAAGAAUACCACGGCCAUCCCCAGCUAAAAAACAGAAUAGACAUGUCAGUGAGUCGAAGAGAAGUACGGGUACGCCGUCGCAGCCAUCGACGCCAGUUACUACACCUAUAAAACAGGAAAAGGAGCCAGAAAAGCCGGCACAACCAGCAUCUCCUGACCGAAAAAUUGGACAGAAGAUUGGUAUGAGACUGAGAAACCUGCUGAAAUUACCCAAAGCACAUAAAUGGGUCUGCUAUGAAUGGUUCUACAGUAACAUUGACAAAACGCUCUUUGAUGGUGACAACGACUUUAUGAUUUGUUUGAAGGAGUCUUUUCCGCAGCUAAAAACACGAAAGUUGACACGCGUAGAAUGGUGUAAAAUACGAAGAAUGAUGGGAAAGCCAAGACGGUGCUCCCAAUCAUUCUUUGAAGAGGAAAGACGAGAGUUAGAGAGGAAGAGACAAAAAAUUCGUAUGCUCCAGCAGAGAAAAACGGCCGAUAUAAGUAGCUUUAAGGACCUGCCUCCUGAAAUUCCUUUACAGCUUGUUAUUGGAACGAAAGUUACAGCAAGAUUACGAAAGCCACAAGAUGGCCUUUUCACUGGUAGUAUCGAUGCAGUCGAUACCAGCAACAACACCUACAGAAUUACCUUUGAAAGAGCGGGUCUUGGAACUCACAGUGUGCCUGAUUUUGAAGUUCUGUCAAACGAACCACCAGAAACCAUUAGUGUUGCUUCGUUCGCGCAAAAGUUUAGACCUCGGAUGGUGCAAUAUGUGCCAUCACCUCCCUAUGCAAUGAAAUUAAUGUCACCCAGAUUAAAUAAUGACCCUUUAAUAUCCAACGCCUCCGUAUCACUCCCAAAAAAAUCGCAUAUCGGUGGUACGAUGAAUGGCUAUCCCUUAAAAUUGUUAGAGUUUAUGGUAAAAGUUGACAAAAUAUUAGCGGCAAAGAAAAUCAAGAUAAAGAAACUGAAGGAAAUGAACAGUGAGGCGGAAAAGAGACGGUCUUUCGGUGAGCCUUUGCCAGCUGACUUUGAGAGAAAAUAUGCAGGGAUAGUAGUUGAGCUUGAAAAGAUGAAUGUAGCGCUUCAAGAUUUCUUGAACGAUGUACAAGAGUUAUGUCAAGAAAUGGCUCCGGAACCAAGCGUUGCUGCUAUGCUGGCUCCUUCUCAUUUGCGGGAAAAGUGCCAUCAAGAAGCGGCCGAUAUGGUUGCUAGAAAUGAUGUCAUUAACGAUAGGGCACCAGCAAAGAUGAGCGAACUUGUCACAGACCUCACUGCUCUCAUGCUUCAAGUAAAGAGCUUGUCGGAUUCUGAUCGAAAUGCCUAUGAACUGAAAGUACUUCAAGGAACCAUGGAGCAAAUUAGAUCGAAACUGAGUCCUCAAAAUCAACAAGUGUUUCAAAACUGCGUUGAAAUUCAUAUGCAGCAUAUUCAACUUGGUUUGGGAAAAAUAGGGGCUUUAACGCCAUUUAUGUCUCAAAAACAUGGACCAGUACGACCUGGAACGAACAUUUAUCGGAAUUUCCACGGCAUUCCUACGGAACAAGCACCCACUAAGCAGCAGUUAAUCACAGGAGGAUCAAUGGCCAAAUCUCUAAGCGUCAGCGAUUUGGCUGUUAUGGAAUUACUUCUUGACGAGAACAUGUAGUGAAAGCUAAAAUAUGUCGACGAAUAUAGGUGCAAUGAAUAUUUAAUACAAAAUCAAGAAACGACACACAUUGGAUACGUCUGAUUUAAACAAUUGAUGAAGUACGAAGAAAAUUUUUAUUAAUAGAUAGUUUUGUUACAGCCCGUGUUGUAUGAUGUGAAUCAAUCUUUACUAUCCAAUUGUAUAGACUCCUUCAUCGUUCAUCAGGCAUACUCAUAGUUCAUACAUUAUAUCUACAUUUUGUUUUUUGUUUUAUAAAAAGACAAGAAGUACGAGGAAUUGCAGUUAGAAAUGGUAAUGAAUUUUGAACCAACGUGGUGUAAGCAUUGUCUACACCUUACACGGAAUAAUUCUUCUGAUCUUUCUGCAAUAAUCAAUACUUUCUUGACAUUAUCAGCAAAAAUUUUUACUCAAGUCAUUUACUUUGAAUUAAAUGUCUACAGAAUAUAUCUAGUAUCUUAUUGUGUACUUUAUAGAGGUGUAAAGUGGUGUGAUAAAUGCAAUGGCAAACAUUGUUGCUCGUUGCAAAAUUUUGGGUGUAUCACUUCGGUAAAAAUAGAAAAGAUCUUUUUUUUUUUUUCGUCGAUAUUUCUGCACCACUGCUAACGUUCAAUUACACAGUUAAUACUUGCGUUGAAAAUAAUUAUGUAUUUACUUACAAUUACAAAUAUAUAUCUUAGGAUUAAAACAUUUAGUAAUAAUAUUAAAUAGUAAAAGAAAAAUAUUAUGAAAAAAUUGUAACUAGAAGAAUGUUGUGUUGAAUACUUGAGACGAUUGAAAAUAUUUAAUUACUAUUAUACACGUUCAUACCCUAAUAAUAAAUGGAGAAAUUAAUAUUUUACCGAAAUUAAAAGGUAUGAGGAAAUGUAGAAUAUUAUGAGUUGCAUAUAUUAUACAGGCGCUAUAAAUUGUAUCUAAAAUAAUAGAUGAAACAUAAUUUGAGAUGGAGACGUUCUAAACAGAUUUAUAUAUCCCUGAAUUGUUGCUUUUUGAGGGAAAGGAUACUCAAUGUAAUUCAACAACAUGUAGCGGUAUAAUUUCAGAUGCUUUAUUUAUAUACAGUUAAUUAUUUAACAUGGGGAUUAUGUAACAGUGUACUUUUAUUCGUAUCAAAGUAUCGUGGAAACUCACUAUAAUUCAUUUUAUUCCCGUAAUAUUUAUUUCAACACAAGUAAAAAGUAAAAUUUUACGGAAUAAAGGCUAAUAAUAAAUUCACAGCAACGCGCAUCUAAGACUUUAAUACAAAAAAGUUGACCUAAAGUAUUUUGAAUAUCCGAUGUAUUACUGGUCAAUGAUGAGAGUUUAUUCGUUUCAAUUUUUGUUCAACUGACUGUCGCGUAUCAUCGUUGGUUACUCAUUUGUCUGAAAGAGUUAAUUAUAUUUUCGAUUAGUACUAACAGAUACAGACGUUGUAAUGUUCGGUCACAUGCUUCACUAGAUCCAUUUGCAUUUACGUUAACACGUCAUCACCCACGAUACGACACUAUCGUCGAUAAUAGAGCAUAGAAUCCAUUUUACAUAGAUUCAUUUUCUGUCUCUGAUAACUUAAGUAAGUUACUAUUUCUUAUCGCCACU